AUGUCUUUGAAUCCUACUGUCGAUGAUGAGAAGAUUGUCGUGGCGGCGGACGGCGCUGCUGUUGCGGCAGACGGCAUCUGCGAGGUAUUCAGCGAUGACGCGCUGAAGAGGAAAGUCUUGAAGAAGAUUGAUAUGAUCAUUUUGCCUAUGCUGUGCUUCGUUUUCUUCUUUCAAUAUCUUGACAAGCAGAGUCUCGCUUUUGCUGCGGUGGAGGGCUUGGAGACCGACCUGCACCUUGUGGGAACACAAUACGCAUGGACCUCUGCGAUAUUCUACGUCGGCCAACUGGCUUCCGAAUUCCCCUUUAUUUACCUGAUGUCUCGGCUGCGCUUAUCGAAGUUCGUGGGAGUCACGAUUGUUAUCUGGGGCGGUGUCUGCAUGUGUCUGGCUGCUCCAAAAACUUACCACCAGUUCCUCGCUGUCCGUUUCCUCUUGGGUGUCAGUGAAGGGGCUGUCAGCCCGGCUUUCAUCACCAUCACAAGUAUCUGGUACAAGAAAUCGGAGCAUCCGCUUCGCAUCGGGUGGGUUGCCCCUCAUCUGCCGUCUCCUUGUCCAGCGUAUACAAGCACUAAUGCCAUCAUGUUGUUUAUCAGGUGCUGGAUUACUUGCAACGGUCUCGCAUCCCUCCUGGGAAGCUUUCUUAUGUACGGCAUCGCUGAAGGUCACAACCUCAGCAUCGCGCCCUGGAGAGUCAUGUUUCUCAUCUGUGGUGCAAUGACUUCUUUUAUAGGACUGAUUUUCUUCUUCGCCAUGCCCGACAACCCGGAGACCGCCUGGUUCCUGACGGCCGAGGAGAAAGUUGCGGCAGCUCAGCGCCUUGCUGAAGAGCACGACGGAGGUGACAAAACCGACUUCUCUAUGAAGCAGCUGAAAGAAUCUAUCCUCGACUUCAACUCUUACGCUGCGCUCUUUUUUGGUAUCCUGGUGACAGCCCCAGCACCUGUUUUGAGUUUUGCCACGCUCAUGAUUGAACGUCUCGGGUAUACGGCUGCUCAAACUCUACUGUACAAUGCUCCUUCCGGCGCAGUGCAGAUCGUUGCCAUCUGGGCCGGCGUUCUCGGCUGUAUAUUCUUCCCGAACAAACGAUGUCUGGUCGUUAUCUGUCUGAUCUUGAUCCCGAUCGUUGGCUGUAUCUUGCUUGUUGCCCUUCCGUUCCAUGGCUGGGGUAUCAUCGUUGGAGCAUGGCUGGGUGGAACGGGAUCGUCUAUAUUCACUAUUACUAUGAGCCUGAACGCCUCGAACGUCAAGGGCAAUACGAAGAAGUCCAUCGUCAAUACGCUCUACUUCAUCGGCUACUGUACUGGCGGCAUUGCAUUCCCGCAAUUGUGGAGUUCCAAAGAUGCCCCCCGAUACACCAACGGUCUGAUUAGCUCGCUGGUUGCCUGGGGUUUGUUUAUUCUCCUCAUGCUCACUUACUGGCUUGUUGCCGUUAUGAGAAACAGGAGACGCGUCAAGCUCGCCCAGGAAGGGUACGCCAGUCCUUUUGAGGCUGGAGCUGACGUGACAGACUUCCAAGACAAGUCGUUUAUGUACACCACCUAG